UAGAAGAGAGAGCGUGAAGAUGGGCGGUGAAGAAGAAGUGAAGCUACUGGGUGCGUGGGGGAGCCCGUUCAGCUGGCGAGUGGAGGCGGCUCUCAAGAUGAAAGGAGUCGAGUACGAGUACAUCGAUGAGGACUUGAUGAACUGCCCCAAGAGCUCUUUGCUCCUCCAGCACAACCCGGUCUCCAAGAAGAUACCCGUGCUUGUCCACGACGGCAAGCCCAUCGCCGAGUCGCUAGUGAUUCUCGAGUACAUCGACGAGGCUUGGAAUGACCGACCCGUGAUCUUGCUGCCUCGAGAUCCGCAUGACCGAGCGGUCGCACGGUUUUGGGCCAAGUUCAUGGAUGAGAAGUGCGCUCCGGCUCUCUGGCGAUCUUGUCGGCGCGUGGGGAUGGAACGAGAGAACGCAUUCGGAGAAGCGUGUGCACUCCUAAGCGUGCUCGAAGCCGAGCUCAAGGACAAGCAGAAGAGGUUCUUCGGAGGAGACACCGUCGGGUUCGUGGACAUCGCGGGCAACUUCAUCGGCUACUGGAUCGGGGUGAUCCAAGAAGUGGCCGGGGUCCGUCUGCUGACCCCGGACAAGUUCCCCGUGCUGUGCAAGUGGUCCGAGGACUUCCAAAACUCCCCCAUCAUCAGGGAAAAUUUGCCUCCGAGAGAGCAACUCUUCGCCUUCUUCAAGGCUCGCUUCGAGAGGAAGAGGAAGACUUUAUCUCCUGCGGCUACCCGACUUUAACGGAAGUACCCAUUACGGUCGGAGCAGGACGAUCUUGGACUUUCUUUCGGCUUAUGUAGUCAUGAGCCAGGAAAGAAUGACCGAAAUGGUGUUGUUGGUCGCCUUUGGUAGUCUGGUUGAGUGGUUUAUGACUGCAUAUUAUGGCCUUGGAUAACUGAGUCAUAUCUAGACAUCACUUAGGUGUGAUGUUUGUGGUGUCUCUCUCUCUCUCCCCUUCGAAUAAGAAUGAAACUAUCAGAUA